AUGUCGGACGAUAGACUACCAGCCAUGGUUGACAAGGCAGCUUGGGGAAAAGCGACUUCAGGGAAGAAAGGAAUCAGAUGGGACAGGGUGGUAGUCUGGGAGGAGUUGGGAGACGAGGAGGAGACAUUGGACACGGAAGGGUUCGGGGGGUUCAAGAAGAAAGUCAAGGAGAUGCUAGAAAGUAGGGAGGAGGCAACCCUUCGGAAGAAGUUCACUUUCGGCUUCUCGAAGCUGCCCACGCCGGCGCAGAUACGGGCCUCCCUCGCCGACGCCGAUCAGCUGGGUGCGGACGAUCUACGGAGAAAGAUCCGGAAUUAUUCUCUCUCGAGAGCUGCACCGGAGGUGUCGGACUUUCUCAAGGCGUGCAUAGGUCGGGAGACGGUCGAGGAAUACUUGGAGCUGCAGGCGGUGACGGCGGCGAUAGUGGACCGCUUCGUGGUCGAGGGGGGUGAGCAGGAAAUGGACAUCUCGCAGGCCUGCCGGAAGCGGGUGCUCGAGUCUGAGCUUGCUAGGUACAAUAUUUUUGACGAGGCGAUUACGGAGGUUCUCAGCGUCAUGGAGGUCGACUUCAAGGCUGAUGUCCACCGGUGGACCUCGUGCCAACGCCUCCUCCAGGAGGGAAAGCAGCCUCCGGCCUUGAGCAAGCCUGACUCCGGCGAGAGACCCGUCUCUGGGGGAAGGGCGGUGGGCACCUGGCGGCCACAGCCGCCCGGCUUCGGCAACCAGGUCACCGGCCGGCAGCAGGUGGAGAGGAGGAAGGAGGAAGUGGUAGUCUCCUCACCCGGCACCGGGAGGCGGGUUGUUGGUGGCCCUGCGGACGUCGGAGGGCGGGGGUCUGGUUCGCGGUUGGAAGGUCGCGCUUCCCUCGGGGGCGACGCAGAUUGCGACGACGACGACGACGACGACGGCGACGGCGAAGCGGGGGUGCGACUCGAAAGGCAUCGCGACGUGGAAGACGUGGGGGGGGCUGGCAGGCCCACAUCCCCGGUCCGACGAGAAAAGCGGGAGCCCCGACCAAGGCUGAGCACAGACGACGCAGCUCCAGGGAUGGCACCAGCCGCGGCGGCGGGGGGGGGUUCGCCUCGUCGGGAGGGAAACCGCGGGGGGGUGGAUAGUAGAUCGAUCGUCCUAACGCCCCACCUGCGAGAGUUGUCCAUUCAGAUCGGUUCCCCCUCUGCGACGACGCCGACCGGCUGCGUGUUGUCGCCACGCUUGUCCUGCUCGGCGGAUGUUUCAGCAGGGGACGGGGCCAAAGCGUCCCCUCGCUCCACGCCGGCGGCGGCGGUGGCGGCGCCACCACCGCCCUCGUGGGGGCGUCGUGACUCGGAGACGGGAGGAGGGGCGGACUGGAGAUACGAAACCCCCCCGCGGCGGCCGCACAAGCCAGGUCAAGGCGGCGGUCGUCGCGGUGGAGCUAUGCCCGGGAGGGCGAGACCGGGCGGGCGGAGGGUCGCCACCGGCAUCUUGAAAGAUCGGGAGGGAGGAGGGGGGGGGGGGGGAGGGGGGGGUUCCGCCUCGGGGAAAGAAGGGCGAGGCCGGGGGACCGGGGCGAAGGCACUGGCGGAAGACGAGGGGGACGAGAAUGGCGACAGGAGCACGCGCACGACGACGGCCGACACGACGGUGUCUUCUGACGCAGAGAGAGGCGGUGGGCGGGACCCCCUAUUGCUGCCGCGGCAGGCCGCCGGAGGAGGAGGCGUCGCCGCGGAGCCGGGCAGGGGUGGGAUCGGGUUCCUCGUGGCCUCGAGCUCUGCGACGACGGAACCCGGAGCUCCGGCAGUGGCUUCAACCCCGAUGGCCCCCACGGCCGUGUGCGACCGUUCCACCUUCACCCCGGCGACGGCGGCGGCUAGGCCCAAGUCUUCGAAGACUUCCUCGCGGUUCGUGUCGCCGUCCCGGAUAGCCAGGUUUUUCGGCGGGCGCGAGCUCUGGCGGUGGUCGAGGGGGGGCUCUGUUGCGGGGGUUGAGAGCUUCUCUGACGGCGCCGGCGAUGCCGAUGCCGACGCCGCAGCGACGAAAGGCGAUGCUGGUAUCAGUGCUCCGUGCGCUGAGGACGUCGGUGUAGCUUCUUUGAUCGCCAGGGGCGAUUCUUCCUGGUCUCCAGCUAGGUGGUACACCCCGUCCUCCUCCGCUGCCUCCUCCUCCGCCGCCCUCGGGCGUUCCCCCGCUGCCGCGUUUUCUCCUGCCACCGCUGCCGCCGCUGCUGCGAGGGGCGGCGGCGCUAAGCGGCACCAUCACUUGGCGCGACCGCUGUCGAAGAAAGACCCAGAGACCACGCUGCCCUCUUCUCGAGCAGCAGAUAUCGUGCAGACGCCUCCGAUGCCCCCGCUACCGCAGCGGCCAGUACCACGGCAAUGGACCAACUCGCAUAUCCUUCUCGAGAAGCCGGGCGGCGGAGGAGUCGAAGAGUCUCCGGUCGCAAAGGUGGCCGCCGACGGCGACGACAAAGCCGGGGGUGCAGCAACACCGGUGCCCCCUGCUUCCCAAGCCGGUGCAGCAGCAGCGGCGGCGGCGACGGACGCGGUGGGUACGCGUCACGACGCGGAGCGCGAUCGGCGGGCGGCUUCUUCUCCCCCCGAAGACCGAUCUACGGCGGGGGAGGAGGAUGGGACCGGGGGGUGGGAAAGGGCGACCCCUCCUUCCUCCCCUAGUUCCCUACAAGAGGUCGUGAAAUCGCGGCUGAACUCGUCGUUCAACACCACGGCGUCGUCUCUCGGAUCGGAGUCCUCAGACUACUACACGCGGCUCCGUUCGUUCGCGUCCCUCCUAGUCGGUUGCGGCGGUGGCUCGGACAAGAGCGUGAGCGAGACCCCGUCGCUGGUGUCGGUACCUUUGGCGGUUCCGGUUCCGGCCGGGGGAGAGUGCCCCAGCGGGCCUCCGCCGCAAGACAAACCCAAGCCAUCCUCGGUCGAUGUCCCAUUGGCCUUCUUUGACGCAACGCCGUCAGAAGCGAAGAGGGAGGAGGAAGCCGUGGAACAGACCGCUCAGGACCGAUCGCCGUCUCGUGGAAGCGCUCGGGAGGCCGGGCGAGCGAGCGCAACUGGCCACGGCCACAGCAAGACCUGCGGCGGCGGCGGUGGUGGCGGCGGAGGAGAACAGGAGAGCAGCGGAGCACCCUCGGCUGUACCCAACGACCGGGCGACCUCCCCGACGCAGGCGUCGUCUUUGCGGGGCACCACCCCGCUAACGAGCCCGGUAAGGGUGCCGCCAACGCUGUGGUCGUCUCCCUCGGCGUCUUCGAGGAGGGAGGACAAUGCGGCGGCGGGAUCGUAUCCAUCCCCGUUCGAGAAUGCCGGGUGUAGAAGACGGGGCGAGGAGGCGGCUCAAGAGGGGGCGAGAGUGAGCGCGGAGGGGGCAGCGCUGAUGACUGCGCCGUCGUUCUCAUCGGCGGCCUCCGAGGAAUCACGGCUUAGCUCGCAGCCGCCGGAAACAAGCGGUGAGCGGUGUCCGGCGGCAGCGUUCGGCGAGGGCACGGCGGCGGCGCUGGUGUUGUGGCCUUCGAGUUCGUCGUCAUCGGCGUCUGGGACGUCCCGGCAGCUAUUUGCCGGUACCACGGUGGGGGAUUCCGGUCUUGUCGUCGUCGGGGAGACAGUUGCGCCGUCUUCUCCGGCGGCGGCCAUGGCAAUGGUCGCUGUGGAGGAUUCCCCCUUGAUGCGGGAGGAGCAGCAGUGGCAACGGCAGCCGGGGCCCUUGUCCCCCCGCCUACUAGGUGAGCAGCAGCAGCAGCAGCAGCAACGGAAGGAGAGGCAUCGGCGGCAACAGUCCUUCCUGGCUUCGCUCGAUCGCCGUGACGGCAAGGGCAGCACCCCUUCUCCCGUGAAGGACAGCAGUUGGCACCACCAGGGUCAACGUGAGCAUCAAGGCCCGCUGCCCUCAAGACCGCGCGGUGAAGGAGAGCCCGCCACUACCCCCACGAAAAGCGGCGGAACCCCCGAACGGGAGUUAGGCCCCUCCGGCGGUGUAGCGAUGCCCUUUUCGUCGUCUCCCGACCCACCGGGCAGGGUAGAGCUAGGGUCAUCGUGCGGCAACUCGUCGUUGAACAACUCGACGAACGCGUCGUCGAUUCUGUCGGGGUCUUCUGAGUAUUACACCCGGCUCCGCUCUUUCGCGGCCUUGGCGGGCGGCGGCGGCGGUGGGGAUCCGGAUUCACACCUUGACGGGUCGACUCGAUCGUCGACAACGGCGGGGUCUGCGGUGCCGCAAUCGUCACCGCUGCGGCCGUUCGGGUGCAAUGAGACCCGCUCCCGCGCCGCCUCUUCUCCGGCUUCCGGUUCGUCGUCGGACACCGCGCAGCCCCGUGGAAGCACUAGCUCGCACGCGCUGCUUCCGCCCGGCCCGAACGAGUCCAUGUCGAUGCCGUCGUCCCUGUCUUCGACACCGCCACCACCGUGUCGUCCCUUUGAUGCGGAGGCGGGCAGCGAGACCGGGUCGUCGUUGUCGUUGUCGUUGUCGCAGGCGCUGGCGCCGGCGCCUUACGAGACACAGCUGACAGCGGAACCUCUGGGGAUGGUCGGGACCACGAUGACGCCGAAGCAGCGGACGGCACUAGAGAGCAACAUCCUGUCGUUUCUCGGGGUACGUAGCGGCGGCGACGGCGGCGGCGGACUGUUCAGGGGGGAGCCGUUUUUCGAAGACGACGACGUUCUUUCUCGGCGUCUGGGAGGUGAAGAGCGGCAACGGGACGGUGCCGGAACCGGUGCUGCUGCUGCUGCUCGGGCACGGGCGGGUUUUGAUGCCGAAGAGGAGCCGCCCUUGUCUCCCGUUCACGCCAACUGUUCGCGAAGUCCGUUCAGUCGAUAGGGGGAGGAUAGUCAGGGGCGGGGACAGUCGUCGCCGGAAGCGGCGGCGUUACGUGUGUAUAGCACGUGUGAGCACAAAUGACACGGGGCAAGACUCCGGCCGGGGGUAUCUGAAUCGGUGAUGUUUAGCGGGCGGCGGGUGGCGAUGGGAGCUUUGUAGAGGGUGUCAUUUUGUCUCCUCUCGCUAUGCAUACCAUUGAUAAGAGCCGUUUGCCACGCGUUCCGUUUCAAGAAUGCCGCCGUCGACUUGAGUCUUGCUGCACGAGGCGCAGAGACCGCCAUGUACCGUACAACUCAUGUAUUUCGUGCUGUGCCUAUGUAAGUAGAGGGGUAUUGCACCUGUGUAAUACGUGUGACACCCGGUUUUUUGUUUUUUGUUGUAUGCGCUGCUUCUUGCUUGCGAAUAGUCAUUGAAUAUUUAGUUGAGGGUCGCCCCGGUGGUCUAGUU